AUGCUCGCCUCGUCUUCGGAAGAGAGACCGUCUGUCUCUCGCGCCUCUUCCUUCUCGUCCAGCGCGCCGUUUUCGCUGUCGGCUGCGGACCGGCGACUGCUGCUGCUGUCCCCGGCGACGGUGAUCUCGCAGCGAACGCCGAGUCAUCUUUCUCGUCCGGAAAUCGUCGAGUUUUUCUCGCGUUUCGGGAGUUUGUGUGGACCUGGAGACGGCCUCGCGUUCCCCAGUGAUCGGCGAGACAAGCGGCUGCUGAUUCGGUUCCAGCGUCUCCAGGACGCCGUGCGGUGCCUGAAGGCUCAGGGCGUGUCUCUCGAGCGUCGCGGCGACGAAGAGCACGACGGCGAGGCGAAGACGAGCGAGAGAAGAAUCGACGAUUCCGGCGCGCUCUCUUCUCUCGCAGCAGGCGCCUCGUGGGGCCAGCCUCUGCAGCUCAGCCGCGAAGACAAAAUCAAGCUCUCUGCGCUGCGCGGCAACGCGCGCGCCAUGCAGCUGCUGCACAAAGAGGGAACGCUGAAGCGGCUUCGAGAGAGGGAGAAGAACAAGGAGACACCUGGGCAGCCUGGCGACAGCCAGCAGCCAGGCGCCCGCCCCCAGCUCUUUCCGGAAGAAGCCGAGGGUCUUCCCAGCGGAGACAGAGAGCGGGAGAGACACCCGGCACAUCGAGUCUCGGACGACGCAGGCCCAGAAGACCGCGAAGAGCGAGAUUGGUUCUUCACUUCCCGGUCUGCCGCCGCGGAGCGAAGCACCCAGAGAGAGGAGGCGGCAGGGAGACAGCGUCCGGCGUCCGGCGCGGACCCGGCGACCAGCCAGAGAGAAGGGAGACCGAACGACAGUCCCCUCAUAGACCUGCUUUCUGGGGCCUUGAUCGCAGACCAGCUGAAACAGACCGAGAGCGGAAGAGCGGGAUGGCUCGGGGCGGACCUGCGGCGACCGGCGCUCGGCGAGGCAGGGGUCCCUUUCGCUUUCCACGAAAGAGCGUUUGGCUGGGCGGACGAGCCGAGCCGCGGGACCGAGCAAACCCUGAGGGGAGGCGACGGCGAAGACGGAUUUGAGGAAGCAGACGAAGACGCGAAAGCUGCGAGACGCGCGGCCGAAACGGCCUUCAUACGGCGAAGAGCAGAGGCGACGCACAGCUGGAUGAUUUCCUCCCUGGCCGGCUUCGUGUUCAAUCCUGAGAACCCUUACGACAACUUCCUCAUUCCUGCUCUUCCCCGACCCGCUCCGGCCGUCUCGUGUCAGACGCCCCCGGCCGUCCCGCCCAUGUAA